CAUUAGUUGAAAUAGAUGUAAUUUAUUACUGUAGCUAUACAUUGUCAUUUAUAAAAUAAUUACUAAUUUUAUAUCAAGAUGUGUGCGGAUAUAGAGUUAAAGAAAUUCAUUAAUGCAGCUAAGAGAAAUGUAGAGAAUACUUUCGCAAUGAGAUCGAAGCACCCCACCCGUUACAUCAUUGCAAGCAGUGACCCAAGAUUCCCUUAUAGGGUCCUAGAAGACGGAAAAGAUGUAACCCCUCUCCCACAUUAUAUCGAAGGCGAGACUUAUUUAAACGAUGAAGAGUAUAUAAAAUCGUGUAAACAAAUAAUCGAUUUGAGCUGGGAUGUAUUCAACAAACCAGACGAUUCUGACUAUCCAGAUACUCAUGAAAACACUGAACCAAUUAUAAACGCAGUCAGGGGAAUUGGUCUCAUGCCGAGGUUGGAUCUGUGGAAUAAUCCCGAUGAUGUGAAGGAGUGGGAGGAAAAGCGCCGUUUGGAGAGAAUACCCUCCAUGUAUCGCCUCAGAGAGGAUCCAAAAAAAGAUAUGGCUGAAACAACAACGGAAUUUCCUGCAAGACUCGUAGAAACUCCAUUGCUUCUGCUAUUGGACCUGAUGUCAGACCUUGCCCCAGUCGGUAGUGAGGAAGCGAAAGUUUUGAUGCAAACUAAUAAAAGAAUGAAAGACAAAGAAAUCAAGGAUAAGUACGUAGUUGUAGAAAACUGGCAUGACGAUUUCUGUCAAACUGAUGAACGUAUUUUUAGAAAUGAAUCGACACAACUAUCACGACCAUUGAGAGCGAAUGCUUCCGUAGAAGCGUAUGAUUCCGACAGAAUUACAACGUAUGUAGACUUAGGAGUAUCGGACGCUUUUCCGAGAAAAACCAGCAGAAUUGUUAGCAUAGUCAGCCUAGAAAUGAAUAAAGAUGAUGAAACGGCGUUGCAGUUUUAUGGACAUGAAAAAAAAAAGCCGGAAGAGAUCAAAUGGUUAGAGUCUUUCGAUUUUAUGCACACCGCAGCAAUAGUUGAAAGAAUGCUGACGGCUAACUUAUAUUCUAACUUGCAAUCUAUGUACCAAGACAGGCUUUAUUCUCCAAAGCCUGUCGACGAUUUUAAAUAUAUUCCACAGUUGUUAUGGACUUGUUCAUGUCCACGAACAUAUGGCAAGGCUGUGACGUCUAUUUGUUGGAGUAGUGUCAUUCCAGAAAUUUUCGCAGUCAGUUAUGGUAAGUAUUUAUUUGAGAGUAAAGUUAAAAAUGGACUCGUAUGUAUCUGGAAUAUUAAAAAUACGGAAUUCCCGGAAAGGAUGAGCAUUUUACCAUCUCCAGUCACAUUUGUAGAGUUUUCUAAAAAAUAUCCAAGGAUCGCUGCGAUAGGUUUUUGGGAUGGGACCGUCGGUAUUUUGGAUACAGUUUUAAGAGAACCCGAAUUAAUUGUAAAAUGUGAUUUCAUUGUGGGAUUGUUGCACCCAAUCUGGCAGAUAAGAUGGUUCCCGUACCGUGAUGAAGAAAUUCUUCUGUCGUGUGGAGAAAAUGGACAACUUCAUCAAUUUGAGCUUGAUCGUAAGUUUCGGAACAAAAAGCUAUUAACGGUUCGCAGGAUAGGAAAUACUGCAAGAAAAGGGAUCGAAAUGCCGCAGAUAGACCCGUGCUACGAAAGGAGCAGCUUUAGCCCAGCAAUCAUGUUCAUGGCUCAGUACCCUAAUGAUGAAAAGAUAUUCUUCCUCGGCACGGAUCAGGGAUACGUGCAGGUCCACACUCUAUACAAACCUGAUAACGCUAUCGAAAUUUUCGGAGCUCACGCAGGUCCUAUAACCACGAUCGAGUUCAAUCCAGUUGAUGGUAGGAUAUUUCUCACAGCAGGAUGUGAUUAUUACAUCAGGAUCUGGGGCUACGGUAUUUACGAAACUUAUCUUCUCCAGCUCACUUACAGAAAUUUGUAUGUCGACUAUGCUGCUUGGAGUCCUGCUCAUCCCUACAUGAUUGUGAGUCUUUCUGGGUGCUUCAUUGAUGUUUGGAAUUUGAAGAAAAAGUUUUUUGAACCUGUAACAUCGAUUGAAAACCCAAAUCAAAACAGAAAUCUCAUUGUCAGCUUUAGUCCAACAGGAGCAAAUUUUUUAGUCGGAGAUAUGAAAGGCUUUGUCUAUGUUUACGGUAUAACCUCGCUACCAAAGCCGCCCGAAGACCCUUUAAAGAAGUUGGCAGAAGCCAUAAUGUUUCCCAUUAAGUAUGAUGAGGAUCGUUUAAAGCUGAUAUCAUUGAAACUAGGACCACCUUAUUUACCUGACAGAGUCAAAGAAAUAUUUUCUACAAAGAAAAAACAGUUUAAGAUAUAGUAACUUUUUUUUUGUGUAUAAUCCUCUAGCAUAGAAUGGGUUCGAUGACAUUACGAUUUAAAAAAA